AAAUAGUACUUGGUGGCAAAGGUUUCACAUCCUCUUUUAUGGUGGUAACGUUAGCUAGCUAGAUUUACUUUCUACUGUCUCAUGCGGCGCUCACUAGCUAAAGUAGCUAAGAUAUUGAUUGGCACAUGGGCCAUAAUGGAUUCCCCCAUCCCUCUCUCCUCCCUGCGCCUUUUGGUUCCACCUCUACGACUGAUGUCUGCAUUUAUGUGGCAGGUAUCACAACAGAGGGCCAUUAAGCACUAUGGGAAAUUAGAGGAGUUUGUGACCGUGGUAACACAAACUGUCCCAGAACUUAUGACUGACAGACAGAGGACCCUCCUUAUUUUGGGGCUGAGAGCAAGGGUAACUUUGGGGCGAUUUUCUGCUGAACACCCUGUCAGCCUCCAAACCCUCCUUUUUUCUAUAAAGUCUUCUCAACUUGCACAGGUUCAGUCCUAUGAUGCAGGCAUGGAAUCACCUGAAGCUAACUUCGCCAAGCUCACCCAAAGCUUGAUUACAGACCCAGUUGAGCGUGAACACUUCGUUCAAGUGGUGUUCCUUGAGGAAUUCAGACCUGAUUUUGACAAAGCGCUUCAGGAACUGGUCUGUGACUUCCUCACUCGGCUGGAAGAGCUGCUUACACUGCCAGAUUUUAAGCAGACCGCAUUGUUGCUGAGUGCUGGCUCCUCUGGCCUAGAUGAAUGCCUGCAGUCUUUCUCUCACUCAGAAGAUCUCCAGUUUCUGCUCCAGAAUUACAAACAAUGCAGAACAUUGUACACAAACAUUUCCUCCUCUGACAUUCCUCAGGAAUCAGAUAUUGAAUCCGAUGCCUUCCCUGACCAGUUAAACCGUACAAAUCUGGACACUGGUGUGGCUAUGAGGACAGCACAUUUAGUGGCAAUGGGGAGCACAAGAGAUAUUAUAGGCUGCGAUGAAACGUGUGAUGAAGCGAAUGAAGAUGACAUAGAUGUAGAGGACGAGUCAGCACAGAAAAGGGCUGGUUCUGGUCUUUCUCCUACCAGUGUCAUGCAAGGUGGUGAUACAGACACCGUUGCAGGGGUAUCGUUUCAGGUGUUGACUCCCCUUUCUUCAGCUUCAAAUGAGUGUGCCCCAUCUACUUCCAAUUCAUCACACAUGAACAUUUUCCACCAGUGUCCUCAGUGUGGGAAGUGCUUUAAUUAUCAGUCUCAACUUGUCCAACACCAGCAAAUUCACUGUGGGGAUAAUCCAUACAAGUGCUCCAACUGCGGGAAUAGAUUCAAAUUCUUUACAAGUCUGUCAAAUCAUAAGAGGAUGCAAUGUGUGGGCACUGCCUUUAGCUGCCUGAAGUGCUGGAGAGAGUUUGGUUCUCUGCGUGAGAAAUUGAGACACCAGUGUCCACACAACGAGUCCAUGUUCAUCUGUCCACAGAGCGGGAAGAGUUUUAAGACAUCACCACAAUAUCCAUUCCAGUGCCGUCACUGUGCAAGGAGCUUUCCCGAAUCGAAUCAACUGGAUGCCCACGAAAAAAGUCACAGUGUCGUCCAAACGCUCGACUGUCACAAAUGUGGAAUGACCUUCAGCAACUUGCCCAGCCUCGUGCACCACGUGGAAGCCCAUAAGAGGUCGGAUCUGAGGCCAUCGUCGCACCUUCCAAAGAAGAAAGGAUUGCAACUUCCGAGAACACACCAUUGUCACCAAUGUGGAAAGUCCUUCGUAACAAACCGRCGRCUCAAGGAUCACAUGCGUACUCAUAUGAAUUAUCGUCCCUUUUCCUGCUCCUACUGUGGUAAAUGUUUCACUCAGAAAGGUAAUCUCACUGUGCACAUAAGGCUCCACACAGGGGAGAGACCSUACAUGUGCUCUGUMUGUGGGAAGGCGUUUCCAUCAGGAGGGGAUCUGCAGGUACACCAGCGCUUUCACACUGGGGAGAGACCUUACCAAUGCAAAGAGUGUGACAAACGUUUUUUUAAGUCGAGCCAUUUAGUCGUCCACAUGCGUGGGCAUAGGGGAGAGCGUCCCUACACUUGUAAUGAAUGUGGAAGGGGUUUUAUCCGGAGAACUUGCUUAAAAAAACAUUUGCUGGUUCAUUCAGGGGAGAGGCCAUAUUCAUGUCUUCGUUGCCCGAAUACUUACAAACGCAGUUCACACCUGAACUAUCACAUGAAGAAAAAUCAUUGAAAGUUGUGUGUAUUUACAAUAUGCUUUUUUUGGUAGAGCUUUUGUAAUAGUGGCAUUAGUGGAGAUGCAGGAAGUACACCCAGUACCAAACUAAUUUAUCAUAUCCUCAACACUUUAAAGCCUUGUUUCCCAGUUCAAGUGGAAGUUCAGUAAUUUACUGCUUGACGAUUCCUCACCCUUUAAGUAGUCUAUGGGCCAGGAGACACUGUAAUCUGUGCUUCAGUUUUCUUUAAACAGACACUACAAACUAACAAGCUAACUUGAGCCCCCACUAGCUGACAAUCAAUUUAAGUGAUAUGGGGCAACCAUGAAAUGUAAAACAAAUUGCUAAAUUACCUUAUGCUAAUGUAAAACCAAUAAUAUUGGAUUUAUUUCUGGUGAUUUGGAUAUUACAUUUAGAACAAUUGCAUAAUUGACCCUAUCACUCCCUUUGAUUUGUAGUUAGCGGUGUUUAAAAUUAGCUUAAGUUUGUAGUGGCUACUUAAAGAAGACUGAACCAUAGAUUACAGGUUUUCCUGGCCCAUAGACUACUUUCAAGGUGAUGAACUAUCUAACAUUAAGUUGUUAAAUAGUGAACUUGCCAUUUUUAAAAAUCACUCUGCAUAAUAGUCGAGGAUGAAAACCAGGGGAGUGGCUUAUGUACAUAUUGAGGCUGUUCCUUCUAUUUGUUUCUGUAAUGUUAUAUGGAGUUUUGGUGAAACUGUUUAAAUGUUCAGCACCUGGAUUUAUUUCCAUGGUGAUAUAGUGAUUUAGUGUUCUGUUGAAUGCAGUAUAAUCGGCAGAAUCUACUCUUCUGUAAUUGAGUUAUGCAUUCAUAUAUCAAUAAACAUAUCCAUCUAAAAAUGCCAA